CAUUUACACAAAGAACAAUGGAAGGAGAAACAACAGAAGAACGUGUCAAACGUCUCAAAAUGUAUGGAAGUCAAAGCAAUGCUUUUCCGUAUAGACCUCGUACGGACGACGAUUACGUAGUAUGGGGGGUAGAAGAAAAACAAGAAAGUGAUGAUAAUGAAGUAGAAACAGAAGACUACAUGUACUACUUCGAGAAAAAGGAUGAACAAACAGACACAGAAGAAGAAGAUGAAGAAGAAGAAUUUAGAAGAGAAUUGGCGGAAACGUUCGAUCGGGCAGAAAAAGAAGAAAUCAGACACGAAUAUUUGAUUCUGGAAAUCAAUUCUUUGAAAAUGGUCUACAACGUGUCGUUUGAUCGCGUCAUUCGAUUCAUUUUGACGUCUUUCUUGCUCGUCUCCAAUGACGAUGAUGAUGAGAAGCAGUUUUUGGCAUCCGUUCGAAGCAAAAUCCUUCGAUACCAACCAGUUUUGAAAAAAUAUAUAAAGGACAAAACUUCUCAACUGUCUGCCAUCGAUGGACUCGGCGACUUUGUCAUUUCAACCCAAGAAAAGUCUCAUCUCAUACCCAAACUUCUCUACUGUUUGUACGAUGCGAACCUGUUAUUAGAAGAAAUCAUGCUCUCCUGGUUCAACGACGACAAGAGUAACGAUAGUCUCGUAACUUUAGCACGUCCUUUUCUCGAUUGGCUACAAGAAGAAGAAGAGGAUGAAGAAGAUGAUGAAUAACGACCGUUUCGUCAUACGUUUAUAUAAGGUGA